AUGAUUGCGAUUGGUUAUUUUGUCUCAAUCCCUGAUCGUGGAUCGAGCGAUUAUUUAAAAGCCGUGCCUUUGCCUCCAAAAACACCGUUGUUUGACACAUGUCCAAAGCACCGGUAUCGGCACGACAAUCCCGAAAUUUUAAAGUUGCUCGGGAGCACGACUGAGGAGCCGGCUUGCAUCCGGGAAGAAGGCCCAACAUAUCUAGAAGGUGGAAAAAUCUUCCACAACCUUUAUUAUCCAUGGACUGACGAUUUUAACUGCACGGCUAGAUGCGCCUUCUAUGACACCGUCUGGAUCAACAAGUACGGUCCUGAGUGCGUGGUCGGCGACAACUGCACGACGUUUGAGUGCGAUAUCAUCGAUGUAAAGUGCUGGGGGCUAGACGGAAAUCUGACCCACAUCGACUUGCAUACGCAGAUUUUUGAACAUAGCCGAGAUCGCCCAGCCAUUUUCGGCGAACGCUAUCGAGCGGGCAAAACACCAAAAAUAGACCCGAAAACGCGCUUCCACCCCAGUGUUCACAUCAUUGUGCUCGAUUCCGCUGGACGCUUCCCGGCCUUGAGACAACUCAACAAAACGAUUACCUACUUGAAAAACGAGUUCCAAGCGGUAGACUUCACGGCGAUGAGCCGAAUCGGUUACGCCAGCCGCUCAAAUGCCUAUGGCGCAUUCUUUGGAGACCUCGACACGACGGUAGAUCGCUCGAUGUAUGGUGGGUUGAAGCUGAAUGCAACCAUCGAUGCGGAAAUUUGUAAAAAGGGUCUGGAUGAGAGAGCUUAUAUCCAGUUUGAGUACGAGGAUGCUGGAUACCGAACCAUGUACGCCGAAGAUUACUUCACUGCCACCUGGACUUACAAUGAUUGUGCUGGAAUCUCGAAGCAACCGGCUACUCACCAUUUGAGACCAUUCCAGCUGUUGACUUUCUUGACGGAGGAUGUAUGGGGUCCCGAGCUUCUGAAGGAUGCCGGGUACAAAUACCAAGACCAGGGCCUACUCCGCGCUCACCUGCGCAAUAAGACGAGGUGCGGGACCAAUCACCAACACGCCAUCGACUACACCUCGAAAUUCAUCCGCUCUUAUUCAGGUCUACCAAAAAUGUCAAUCAGCUGGCUGGAUGAAGCGCAUGAUAGCGAAAAAGAAUGGCGACACUCGGACAAAUACUAUCAUCAAAUGCUGGUGGAAAAUAAGGAGCCGCUAUCCGAUUCAAUCGUCAUCUUCCUCGGCGAUCACGGCCAACGGUUCGGAACGGUCGCCGCCACCGAACAAGGUAUAUUCGAGGGGAAGAACCCGUUGCUCCUGAUUUCGCUACCGGAAAGGUUACGAAAAACAAAAAUGGCGAAGCAGCUGGCGAAAAAUAAAGAUGAACUGCUUAGCCAUCACGAUUUGUAUGCGACACUGGUGGACAUUAUCCGGUACCAACCCACCAGCAACUUUACGGACACGAGAUUCAAGAAAAUUGAAGGAACCCUCGGGAAUUCGCUGCUUCGGUCUCUAGACCCCACCAUGCCGAGAUCUUGUAAAUACCUACCGAUCCCUGCCGAAUAUUGCAUCUGCGAUUACGGAGCGUAUCGCGUUCUGGAGAGCAACGACAGCAUGUGGAACAAGUUGCCGACAAUGAUAGAAAAAGACGCCGACGUGUAUCUCGCAAAAAAUGGGCUCGCCGAAAAUUGCGAUGCUAUUAGAAUAGCUAAUGUUACCUCAAUCACGACCAAAACCGAUGCACGUAACGCUACGCUUUACAAAGUGGACUUUUUUACGACAAAUCAGGCGGAAUUUCAGGUCUCGUACGAAUUGCAGAACGAAACGCUUCGCAUGAACCCCCAAGAAUUUAUCCGCCUGAAUCGGUCG